GCCAGCGACGGACACGGACGAGGAAGGUGCAGGUGAUGUCGAGGAGUGUGGGUUUAGGUGGCAGGAUGGCAGUCGCCAAGCUCCUCCUUGCCUUCCUCUUUCUCCACUCUUUCUGUGAAGGCUCCAACCAGCCACCACGUUUCCUGAACUACUUCUUCUCGACCUACCUUCUCAUCUAUGAAGACACACCUAUUGGUUCAUCGGUGGCCCAGCUGAAGGCAGAUGAUCCUGAAGGCGAACCCCUCAUCUAUGGGGUUUCAGGAGAAGAGGCCAUGAAGUAUUUCGCUGUGACCAAAGAAACCGGUGUGGUCUGGCUUCGACAGCAACUCGACCGUGAGACCAAGUCAGAGAUGCAGGUUGAAUUCUACGUGAGUGACAAUCAAGAGGUGGUCAAAGACACAGUUAACAUCCAGAUCGGAGAUGUGAACGAUAACGCCCCAAACUUCCACGGGCAGCCAUACACUGUCAAUAUUCCAGAGGACACACCAGUGGGCAGAUCCAUAUUCAUGGUAAACGCCUCCGAUCCAGACCAAGGCACUGGGGGCAGUGUUCUCUUCUCCUUUCAGCCACCUUCUGCCUUUUUCGCCAUUGAUGGAGCCCGAGGCACUGUCACUGUGACCAGAGCUCUGGACUAUGAGACGACGACAGCCUACCAGCUCACCGUCAACGCUACGGAUCAAGACAAAAUCAGACCUCUGUCACGGCUUGCCAGCUUGGCUAUCACCAUCACUGAUGUCCAAGACAUGGAUCCCAUUUUCACCAAUCUGCCCUACAGUACCAACAUAGAGGAGGAUGUUCCCCUGGGAUACGAAGUGCGGAAGAUAACAGCCAUUGACCAGGAUCUUGGUCGACCAAGAGGAAUCGGCUACACCAUCAUCACAGGAAACACAAACAGUGUUUUUGCCCUGGACUACAUCAGUGGAUCCCUGACAGUGAAUGGGCAGCUGGACAGAGAAAACCCCCUCUACUCAGCAGGAUUCUCUCUGACUGUCAGGGCCACCGAGCUGAAUGAUGACCGCAGUCCAUCUAGGGCAACUGUGGUGACCACCUUCACCAUCCUGUUAAUUGACAAGAAUGACAACGCCCCGAAGUUCAACAGUUCUGAAUAUCGGGUCCGCAUCACCGAACUGGCACAGGUGGGCUUUGCCCUGCCCCUCUUCAUCCAGGCAGAAGAUAAGGACGAGGGGGUGCACAGCAUGUUCCAAGUGUUUCUGACAGGAAACAAUUCAGAAUACUUCACCAUCUCCCCCACAGCGGUGCAAGGGCGUGCCGACAUCAGGAUGAGGGUUGCCAUGCCGCUGGACUACGAACAGAUUCGCAGCUUCAGUUUUUCACUUUAUGCAAAUGAAUCCAUGUCGGAUCAUGUGGGAUUUGCCCGCAUCUUUAUUGAACUAAUCAAUGAGAAUGAUAACCGCCCCAUCUUCAGCAGACCCCUCUACAACAUCAGCCUCCCUGAAAACACACCACCUGGUACAUCGCUGCUGCGCAUCCUGGCCACAGACGGAGAUGCAGGCACUUUUGGGAUUGUGCGGUACUACUUCACUGAUGAGCCAGACCAGUUUUCAAUUGACGAAGAGACAGGCUGGGUCGUUCUGCAGGCCAGCCUUGACUAUGAGUUAAUGCGCCGCUUCACGCUGACUGUGCUGGCGAAGGACGGCGGUGGGGAGGAGACCACGGGGAGGGUCCGAGUCAACGUAUUGGACGUCAACGACAACGCGCCACUCUUCCAAAAGGAGGCGUACGUGGGCUCUCUGCGAGAGAACGAACAGACUGUGCAGUCAGUGGCACGAAUCAGGGCUACAGAUGAAGAUUCUCCUCCCAACAACGUGUUGACAUAUACCAUCAUUUCAGCAUCGGCCUUCCCUGAUUACUUCCGUAUCAUCAUGGUGGAAGGUUACGCAGUGAUCAGUGUCAUCAGACCUCUGGACUAUGAGAUGGUUCCCAAGGGCAUGAUCUAUCUGACAGUGAUGGCCAAAGAUGGGGGAAAUCCAGCCCUCAACAGCACUGUUCCUGUUACGGUGGAGGUGAUUGAUGAAAAUGACAACCCACCCGAGUUCAGCAAACAGUCCUACAUCAUCAAAAUCCCCGAGAACAUUAUCGCUGGGGCUACUGUGCUGCUUGUGAAUGCUACUGAUUUGGACGCCUCGCGGGAGUUUGGCCAGGCCUCACUCAUCUACUCCCUGGAGGGCUCCUCUCAGUUCCGUCUCAACUCACGCUCAGGAGAGAUUACUACCACAGCACUGCUUGACCGUGAACUGAAGUCAGAGUACAUCCUGAUAGUCAGAGCAGUGGAUGGAGGCGUGGGCCCACAGCAGAAGACUGGGAUUGCCACGGUGAACAUCACCAUCCUGGACAUCAACGACAAUGCCCCCAUGUGGCGAGACGAGCCAUAUAAUGCCAACGUAGUUGAGAUGAGUCCUAUCAACACUGAUGUCAUCUCUGUGUUGGCAGUGGACCCUGACAAUGGGGAGAAUGGGACAGUGAUAUACAGUAUCAAUCCAGAAAAUCCUUUCUACACCAUCAACAGCAGUACUGGGAAGAUCCGCACCAGUGGGGUAACACUGGACAGGGAAAGCACAAACCCCAGGGACACGGUUCUUAUGAGGACUAUCGUCGUGUCAGCUGUCGACCGUGGUACACCUCCACUGCGUGCAUCAGCAAGCACCACAGUACUUGUCAACCUGCUGGAUCUCAAUGACAAUGACCCAACCUUCCUUAAUCUGCCAUCUGUGGCUGAAGUACCUGAGGGACUUCCCAUUGGAUCCUCAUUUUUUAGGAUCCAGGUUGAGGACCCUGACGAAGAUAAGAAUGGUUUGAUUACACUAGCAUUACAGAUGGGAAUGCCUCGCCUCGAUUUCUACCUGAACAUCUCCACUGGCGUCCUCACCUCAUCAGCAGUCCUGGAUCGUGAGCGGAUCCAACAGUACCAAUUGAGGAUAAUUGCAUAUGAUGCAGGACAGUUCCCUCGUACCUCUACGUCAACCCUCACUGUCAUAGUUCUGGAUGUAAACGAUGAGACGCCCACCUUCAACCCUCGCGUGUACAAUGUUUCCCUGAAGGAGAGUGUCCCUAGAGACCACACUGUAGCCCGCCUCAGCUGCUUUGACAACGACGAGGGUCUCAACGCUGAACUUAGCUACUUCAUCACAGAUGGUAAUCAGGAUGGUAAAUUCAGCGUGGGUUUCAGAGACGGCAUUGUUCGGACAGUGGUCGGUCUAGACAGAGAGACGCAAGCAGCGUACACUCUGAUCAUAGAAGCUAUAGACAACGGUCCGGCUGGCAGCCGAAGGACAGGCACGGCUACCGUGUUCGUCGAGGUGCAGGACGUUAAUGACAACAGACCCAUCUUCCUCCAAAACAGUUACGAGACCAGCAUACUGGAAAGUGUUCCCCGAGGAACAAGCAUCCUUCAGGUUCAAGCUACAGAUGCAGACCAGGGAGAGAAUGGGAGAGUCCUGUACAGGAUCCUCACUGGUAACAACAAUCUGUUCAGUAUAGAGAGAGACACCGGACUGGUGACAAGAGGCCUCAGGGCUCUGGACAGAGAAACCAGCAGCUCCCAUAUGUUGGAAGUGGAGGCGUACAACAGUGAUGAGGGCAGCAUGAGGAGCUCUGUGAGGGUGAUCAUAUACGUAGACGAUGCCAAUGAUGAGGUGCCGGUGUUUACCCAGCAACAGUACAACCGUCUGGGCCUGAGAGAGACCGCUGGCAUCGGCACCUCUGUGAUUGUGGUGCGUGCCACUGACCGUGAUACUGGUGAUGGUGGAGCCGUCGCCUACGCCCUCGUAUCCGGCUCAGACCGCAAGUUUGAGGUGGACGUAAGCACCGGCCUGGUUACCACUGUGGACUACCUGGACUACGAGACCAAGACCUCCUACCUCAUGAACGUCUCAGCCACCGACCAAGCUCCGCCGUUCCACCGCGGCUUCUGCACCGUUUACGUCACGUUACUUAAUGAGCUGGAUGAGGCCGUGGCCUUCUUCUCCGCUGGUUACGAGGCUUCGCUUCGUGAGAACAUCGCCACAGGCACAGAGGUGGUCCAGGUGCAGGCGCAGUCUGCCGACAACUUGAACCAGCUGAAGUACCGUUUCGACCCCGACACGUCGCCCGCAGCUCUAGCCCUCUUCAAGAUAGACAGCGUCACGGGCCGCAUCACAGUGACAGGCCUGCUGGACAGAGAAAAGGGUGAUAUGUACACGCUGACUGUUGUCGCUGAUGAUGGAGGACCCAAAAAGGACUCCACUGUGAAGGUGUCCAUCACCAUUCUGGAUGAGAAUGACAACAGUCCAGAGUUUGACAUCACAUCUGAUAUUUCACGCGCCAUCCUGGAAAACACACCCAAGGGUACAAAGGUGGCAGUAGUUCUGGGAAGGGACAGAGAUGCUGGUUUAAAUGGACUGGUCAAUUUCACUCUGGUGGCAGGCAACAUGGAAGAUGUGUUCAUGAUCAAGACUGUGAACAACACUUACGGAGAGGUUUAUGUCAAUGCUCCUCUGGACAGGGAGUCUGUAGACCGCUAUCUACUGAAGGUCCGUGCCACUGACAAUGGCUCACCUCCCAGACACACGGACCACUCUCUCACCAUCAACAUACUGGACGUUAAUGAUAAUGCGCCAGUUGUUGAGAGCCAGAGGGGCUACAACGUCAGCGUGAAUGAGAACGUUGGAGGAGGUACAUCAGUCGUCCGUGUGAUGGCGACAGACCGGGACAUCGGUCCCAAUGCCAUGCUGUUUUACUAUCUCACUGCUGGAAACCAGGACCUGACCUUCCGCAUGGACCGAGUGACCGGAGAGAUGGUGACGCGCCCAUCCCCUCCCGAUCGAGAGCGCCAGGCCGAGUACCGACUAACGGUCACCGUGGAAGAUGACGGCACGCCACCUCUGUCGACCUCAACCACCAUCUACGUUCGUAUUGUGGAUGAGAACGAUAACGCCCCGGAGUUCCCCGAAGAGGAGUACGUCACAGUGCUGAGCGAGGGACCGGAGACAGUGGGUGCCACCAUCGCUACGGUAACGGCCAUUGACCCAGAUGAGGGUUUGAACGGCACCUUGCGAUAUGCCAUCGCUUCAGGCAACCUGAUCCAGACUUUUAACAUCAACAGCAUCACGGGGAGAAUUACCGCUGUGAAGGAGCUGGACUUUGAGAUCAGCAACGGACAUUAUGCGCUGGUGGUCACAGCUACGGACCAGUGUCCAAAACCUGCUCUUCGCCUGACAUCUAGCACAACAGUGUUGGUGAACGUCCUGGAUAUAAACGACGUGACACCCACUUUUCCCAGAGCCUACGAGGGACCUUUUGAAGUUACUGAAGGUCAGCCAGGGCCUCGGGUGUGGACGCUCCGAGCCAGGGAUGAAGACUCCGGGCUCAACGGCAAAGUGGAGUACAGCAUCACCGGUGGAGAUUUCCAAAACGAGUUCAUGGUUUCCCCAGUGGAGGGUGAGCUUCGAGUGAGAAAGGAUGUAGAGCUCGACAGAGAGACCACUGCCUUCUAUAACAUCACUGUCACAGCCCGAGAUCUGGGAACCCCAUCUCGCAACAGCUCGGUGCUGGUGGGGGUUUAUGUUCUUGAUAUCAAUGAUAACGACCCGGUCCUCCUUAACCUGCCUUACAACACAAGUGUAAGUGAAGGCGCGUCAGUACACACGUCUGUGGCCAGAGUCCGGGCGCAAGAUGCAGACAGCGGACGCAACGCACUGCUCACUUAUAACAUCACUGCUGGCAACCAGGAUGGAGCCUUCUACAUCAAUGACACAACUGGUGUCGUCCAGGUCAACAGACCACUAGACAGAGAGCGAGUAGCUGAAUACACACUCACCAUCACCGUCAAAGACAACCCCGAGAAUCCCCGCAUCGCUCGUAGGGAUUCAGACUUCUUGGUUAUCACCAUUUUGGAUGAGAAUGACAAUAGGCCUGUGUUUACCAGGAGCAGCUACAGGGCUGAAAUCACAGAAAACUCUGCUGCAGGAACCACUGUAACAGUUUUAAAUGGACCAGUUCUAGCUGAGGAUAAAGACAUUGGACGUAAUGCUGUGGUGAAGUACCGCCUGCUGGGACCCAGGGUGGACCUCUUCACCGUAGAUGCUGAUACUGGUGUGAUACUUGUGCGCCAGGGAGCAAAGUUGGACCGAGAGGCAUUUCAGGAGCCUCGUGUAGAGCUGUUUCUGGUUGCGGAGGACAUAGGAGGUUUAAACAACAGCGUACCUCUCACAGUUACCAUCCUGGAUCAAAAUGACAACCCUCCUGUCUUUAGCCCGUCCAGUUUCAGCGUUCGACUUCCUGAAAACAGCCCGACUGGUGUUGUGGUGACUCAACUGUCUGCCACCGAUGCUGACUCUGGCUCUAACGGAUGGCUGACGUAUCGGUUGGAAAGUGGCGCAGAGGACCGCUUUGUGGUCGAAGCGCUGUCUGGCGCUGUCUUAGUGGGCAACACCACGCUUGACAGAGAGGAGCGCGAAUCAUACCGUCUUGUCAUCAUAGCAACUGACCGCGGCACACCCCCUUUGUCUGGCACGGCCACCCUGACUGUUAUCCUGGAUGAUGUCAACGACUCACGGCCACGUUUUAUACAGCCUGUAACCGUGAUAAACGUCAAUGAGUCCACUCCGCCCGGUGUGGUGGUAGCCACGCUGACUGCCGAGGACCCUGAUCUGCAUCCGCGGUUGGAGUAUUACAUUAUUUCCGUGGAGGCAAAGGAUGAUGGGAACAACCCAGUGGAUGGGCUCCAGGAGUCCUUUGGGAUUGAUCUACACACAGGCGCGGUAUUUGUACGCAACCCUCUCAACAGAGAGCUGGUAGCUACAUUUGAGAUCAUUGUGUCUGUACAUGACAAUGCCAGCGAUGUUAUUGACAGGUCAGGCAGUGUUCCCAAUGCAAGAUUAACCAUCAACGUGUUGGAUGUAAAUGACAAUGCUCCUCGUUUCCGGCCUUUUGGAGUGACUAACUUCACAGAGAAGAUUUUAGAAGGAGCUCAGCCAGGCACAACGCUGUUGUCAGUGUCAGCUGUAGAUCCAGACAAGGGUCCCAAUGGCCAGAUCAUCUACCAACUGCUUCACUUGCCUCGAGGGGGAUACGUUAGACUGGAGGACCCUUCAGUUGGUAAGAUCGUAGCCAACCAGACGGUGGAUUUUGAGCAGGUUCAAUGGCUGAAUUUUACAAUUCGUGCUCAGGACCACGGCACUCCUCCCAAGAUUGCUGAGCUGCCAGUUUAUCUGCGUAUUGUAGAUGUCAACGACAACAACCCUGUCUUUGUACAACCGUCAUAUCAGGAGCCUGUGUUUGAGAAUGUAGACUUAGGCACCACCAUAGUUCGCGUCCGUGCUACAGAUGCUGAUUCUGGCCUCUUUGCAGUGAUUGAGUACAGCCUGGUAGAUGGAGAGGGCAAGUUUGGAAUCAGACCAUCUACUGGAGAGAUCUACAUCCUGUCCCCUCUAGACAGAGAGACAAAGGAUCACUACACUUUAACAGCUGUCGCCCGAGACAAUCCCGGCGACAGUCCAAACAAGAGACGAGAGAACUCUGUCCAGGUCCUGGUGACUGUUCUCGAUAUCAACGACUUUCGGCCGCGCUUCUCAGAGCGAGUGUACAACACCAGUGUGUUUGAGAAUGAGCCCAGUGGUACUUCCGUGAUAACAAUAAAGGCUACUGACCUGGAUGAAGGCGAGAAUGGUGCAGUACUCUACAACAUGUUAGGACCCCAUUCAGAUGCGUUCUCCCUGGAUCCAAACACAGGACUGGUGCGAUCUCGACGUCUGCUUCAGUCGUCAGAACGUUUCAACCUGACUGUGGUGGCUACAGACCAGGGGCGUCCCCCCCUAUGGGGCACAGCGGACCUGAUCAUCAUAGUCAUAGAUGUCAAUGACAACAGACCUGUGUUUGUUAGGCCUGCCAAUGGAACUAUCAUCCAUAUCUUAGAGGAACAACGUCCAGAACUGGUGGUGUAUGAAGUGCAUGCUACAGAUGCUGAUGAGGGGCUCAAUGGAGAAGUGCGCUAUGCCUUCCUGCAGACGGGAGCCGGUAACAGAGACUGGGAAAACUUUCACAUUGAUGCCGUGACUGGAGUCAUUACUACUACUGCAAAGCUUGACCGAGAGAAGCAGGCCUUGCUUAGCCUUAUUAUUGUGGCCCGUGACAUGGGCCAGCCAGUGCCUUAUGAGACCACACAGCCUCUGCAGGUGGCGCUGUCGGACAUCGACGACAAUGAGCCUGUCUUCCUCAAACCGCCUCGUGGUGGCUUGCCUUACCAGAAGCUGACAGUGCCUGAGCACUCCCCUCCAGGAACCACUGUGGACAACAUAACCAGAGCUGUGGACGCCGAUGAGGGCUCCAAUGCAAUCGUCUACUACUUUAUUGCAGGAGGAAACAGCGACGGAAACUUUGGCUUGAGUCUAGAUGGAGAGUUAAAAGUGCUCAAAGAUCUGGACCGAGAGGAGAUCCCAGUCUACUCCAUCAUAAUCAAGGCUUCCAGCAACAAGAGCUGGACUCCCCCCAGGGGUCAGAGGUCAUUACGGGCUAAAGCUCUGGAUCCGGCUCAAGACCCCAGUCUGCUGGAUGUCCGGAUUGAACUGGAAGACAUCAAUGACCAGACACCACGCUUCAUGAAGACAGAGUACACUGCAGGAGUUGCAGCAAACGCCAAAGUGGGCUCAGAGCUUAUCAAGUUGGUGGCUAUAGAUAAUGAUAUAGGCAACAACAGCGUGGUCCAGUACCACAUUGUUACGAUCCGCUACUUCCACUCACAGAGCAACGGCAGUGAGGAUGUUGGCAAUAUGUUCAUCAUCGGUUUGACAGAUGGCAUCAUCCGCACUUACGAUCUCUUCACAGCCUUUAAUCCCGGCUACUUUCAGCUUGAGAUUUUGGCAUGUGAUUUUGCUGGACACAGCACAACAACUAAUGUGAAUAUCUAUAUUCUCCGGGAUGACCAGAGGGUCAAGAUAGUCUUCAAUGAGAUUCCCGAUUUUGUUCGUGCAAACCAGGAAGAUUUCAUCAACCUGCUCUCCAACAUCACCGGUGCUAUUGUCAAUUUAGAUGACAUACAGUUUCAUGUGGACAAGAAGGGCAGAGUGAGCUAUGUUCAGACUGAUAUGCUCAUCCACGUUGUCAACAAUCAGACCAACACCAUCCUAGACGUUGAAAGGGUUAUUCAGAUGAUCGAUGAAAACAAAGAGCAGCUGAGAAACCUGUUCAGAAAAUACAAUGUUGUGGAUGUCCAGCCAGCUGUUGGGGACAAACUGCCAGACGACAUCUCUACUCUGCAGCUGGUCAUCAUUAUCUUGGCUGUGCUGCUGUGCUUUGCGGGGAUUUUGUUUGUCACAAUGAAUUGGCAUUAUCGCAGAGUACAUGAGAGGAAGUUGAAAGCAAUUGUCGCAGGAUCAACAGGAAACCAGGGACUAAUGGAUAUCCUGGACAUGCCCAACACUAACAAGUACUCCUUUGAGGGGGCCAAUCCAGUGUGGCUGGACCCAUUCUGUCGCAACCUUGAGUUGGCUGCUCAGGCUGACCAUGAGGAUGACCUGCCUGAGAACCUGAGUGAGAUAACUGACCUGUGGAACAGCCCCGCACGCACUCACGGCACAUUUGGUCGAGAGCCUCAAGCGAAACCUGAGGAUGAUUGUUACUUGAGGGCAGCAAUUCAGGAGUACGACAACAUUGCUAAACUGGGCCAUAUCAUGAGAGAGGGCCCUAUCAAGGGUUCCCUGCUCAAGGUGGUCCUGGACGACUACCUGAGACUGAAAAAGCUCUUUGCAGCACGGCUUGUCACAGCAUCCACAACCGAAGGAGACAUCUCAUCUGUCACUGAGCUGAUCCAGAGCGAUUUGGAUGACGAGGACGAUGAGCAUCUGGGUAUGGGUGGAGGUCGGGGCACUCUCCGUUUCAAGCACAAGCUUCCUGUGGAGUUGAAAGGGUCUGAGGGUGUGCACGUGGUCCACGGCAGCACAGGCACGCUCCUCACGUCUGACCUCAACAGCCUGCCUGAGGACGACCAGCGGGCCCUGGCACGUUCUCUGGAGGCACUAAAUUCUGAUGGGGUGCUGUACUCUGAGCGCAACGCCCGUACAGAGUCUGCAAAGUCCACCCCGAUGCACCGCCACAAGGAUGGGGACACCCUGUCUGAGAGUCCGCUGGAGAUCACAGAGUUAUGACUAGCCGAGGCCUCGCUGGUCUGAGAGCAAACCACGACUCGUGUGUGUGUGUGUGUGUGUGUCCUUGUGCCUUCACACCGCCACCCUGAUAAGUUUGGGAAGGACUGGAGGAGCAGUGUGUGUAGUCUAGGGAACAUCAUCAUCGAACGUCAGUGCAUCAUUGAGACAUCCCGAUAAAGGACGAACGCAGCACUGGGUCAGCGUCGGUGGAUCUUGCAUUGGAAACGGUCCCAUGUUGGAUUUUGUCAAGAGAUGGUUUAUUUAAAAAGAAAACAUAUUAAUAAAGGAAAGUGACAAGCUUGACACUUUCCUUCAGCGAGACAGAAAAAAAAACUGGUUUCAUCAACUUUUAUUUGAAGAGCUGAGUGGAAAAGAGGGACUAAGCCUCCCUGUGGGAGAAGCUUGUUGAACCACGACCUUAAAAUCGUCAGAAGGUGCCUCAUUCUCACUAAACUUUUUGAAGGCAUGCCUGGACUGCAGACACUCACACAAACGCACACACACACACUCAAAAUAAAUAAAUAGAAUAAAAAUGAUGCUACACACACUCAGACCAGCGGAUGGCCGUCAAUGGGAGACUGAGACAAUAACAAUUCCUUAUCACGCUGAUAUUUUUCCUUAUUGAAAGAUGCCUAUGUCUGUGUUGAAUGAGAUAUUAGAUGUUGUUGUUGGGACUUUAUUGAUGAACACUUUAUGGAUACAGGGGAACCUCUGUAUUUUCCCAGUGAUGCUCACGGAGUGGCGUUUUCGCCUCACACAAAGGGAUGAGGAGGCCUGAGCUCUUUUUGAUCGUCUGAAGAGCAGCAGAGAACAUUCAGACUCUAGUCCAGCUCACUUUUAAGGGCAUAACUGUGUCAGUCACAGUUAAAGCAAGAACCUGCAUAAGAAGAGGAAGACUUCUUAAAUGAUGAACAUGGUGGAUGAAGGAUGACUGUUAUCUGGUACUGGGGUUACAGGGAGUAAAUAAAUCUUUGAUAUUAAGGGCAGUUAGAGAAAGCCUUGAUAAAGACUUAUAAAUGGGGGAAACUAUGAAUUAUCCCAUUUUCUAGACAUAAAGAAGGCAUUGUGCCCAGAGACUUUACACUGCCACCUGAGGGAGUAAAAGUCAUGCUCCAAUGAGCAAUGUUUGCUUUAUUUUUUUAUUUUCUAGAAUAUGUGACGGAAUUAAAAGAUAUUUUUGAAGAAAAAAAAAUAUGCUGGCUUACCAAAAUCGGUAGGGAACAACUUUGGAUGUUUGAGUAUGUGUAUUUUGUGCUAUGGUGACAUGUCGUUCUGUUUUCCUUUGCAGGACAACUAAUGCUGUUUCUGAUGAGUGGUGUGUUUUAAAAAAUAAUGAUUUUUUAUAUUCCCAUUUUGUAAGUUUUUAUUUCUUUGUCAUUUUUGUCACCAGCCCUGAGAUCUGUGUUGGGAAAUGUUGUGGGAUGGUCUGUGGUAAUAAAAAGACUUAUGCAAUGGCCUCUGACCUCAAUAGAUGUUGCCAUAUGUCUGGUGUCUGAUGCAGCAGAACGAGCUCAGGCAGGAACAAAAAGCUUGGGAAUCUGAAAAUAAACAUUAAUAAACCUAAAUAUUAGUCCCCCAGUUACCUCACAGUUGACGUCUGUUCUACCCGCAAACAAAAGCUUAAGUAGGAACAUAACACUACAAAAGAAGACUUAGCAACUGUGGUGAGGU